AUGUCGCUGAGCCCAAAGCACACAACACCCUUUUCAGUGACAGAUAUUUUGAGCCCAAUUGAGGAGACUUUCAAGAAGUUUAGUGGCAUGGAGAGCACUGGAAACCUCACAUCUCCAUUGGGAGCGUACCGGCAACCCCAGGUGUCCCAGACUGGCAUGCAGCAACACUCUAUGGGCCACAACGCCACUGUGGCGACUAACUACCAUAUGCCACACUCCGUUUCCCAGUUCUCGCAUAGUGCAAUGGGGGGCUACUGUAAUGGCAGCAUUGCCAACAUGGGGGACCUACCAUCUUACCAAGAGACUAUGAGAAACAGCGCAGGAGCAACGGGAUGGUACGGCGCCAAUUCUGACCCUAGAUACUCCACAAGUAUAAACAUGACAGGAAUGGGCACGCUGACAGGCAUGGCCGACACCACCAAAUCCAUCCCAUCUCUGCACGCCGCUCCAAGGAGGAAACGACGGGUGCUCUUCUCUCAAGCACAAGUCUACGAGCUGGAAAGGAAAUUUAAGCAACAGAAAUACCUUUCAGCGCCAGAGAGGGAACACCUGGCUAGCAUGAUACAUCUAACCCCGACGCAGGUCAAGAUCUGGUUUCAGAAUCACCGCUACAAGAUGAAACGACAGGCCAAGGACAAAGUAGCGCAACAGCUUCAACAGGAGGGCACCCUGUGUCAACAGCAGCAGUCGCCGAGGAGAGUGGCUGUUCCUGUUUUAGUGAAGGACGGCAAGUCUUGUCAAAACGGCUCCAACACGCCCACGCCGAACCAGCAGCAGCAAAAUGGUUCCGGUGUCGUGCUUCCUACCUCGAGUAAUUCUAUGAACCAGCACCAAAACCAGCAAGUCAACGCACUUGUGCAGGCCCAAGAACUGGAGGAAAUGUCCCCCAGUCCCCUGUCACUUCCCUCGCAAAUGAAAAACAUGGGCCAGAUGGACACUAUUGUAGAUUACACAAAUAACAUGGUCACAUCAAAUUUGCUUUAUGGCAGAACGUGGUAA